GGUUUUGCAGAUACCGUAAACCAUUUUUACCUGGUCAAAUUGCCCCAGGUUUGUCACCAGAAACAGCUCCAAAAUAGAAAGUUUCAUAAGAGCAGUUAGACCACUUCAGACAUACCAGCUAUGUCUAAGGCAGCGGUCUGCAGCAACUGCGGCGGGAGCGACAUCGACACUGACCAGGCUCGUGGUAAUGCUGUAUGCGUGUCCUGUGGAGCGGUCAUUGAAGAUAACUUCAUCGUCUCGGAGGUAGGCUUUGCAGAGAACACGCUCGGAGGAACGUCUGUGAUUGGCCAGUUUGUCUCGUCUGAAGGUGAUAAGACCCAUACACUGGGAAAUAACUUUCGACAUGGCUUUGGUAAAGAAUCUAGAACAGUUACACUGCAGCAAGGUAAGAGAAACAUCCAGCACAUGGGAGGUCAGUUGAAAUUAAACCAGCAUCGUAAUGACAUGGCAUAUAACUUCUUCAAGAUGGCCGUCCAGAAGAAGUUGACCCGAGGAAGGAAGACCAUGCACAUUGUGGCAGCAUGUCUGUACCUGGUCUGUCGACUUGAAGGCACCCCUCAUAUGUUGCUGGAUCUCAGUGAUUUACUGCAGGUUAAUGUGUAUGUCCUCGGUAAGACCUACCUCAAGUUGUGUCAAGAAUUGCACAUCAACGCUCCUGCGAUCGUUGAGCGGGAAGAGAAACUCCUUUUGUUGUCAGCAUGUGAACUGCACCAACCAACAAAAGAAAUACAAAGACAAGUGAAUUAUCUUUGUGUACCAAUUGUAUGCGAUUUUGGCUGUUUACCAGGGAAAAUCUGUUCUUCUUUUUUUGACUUCCACCUGUCGAUUUUAUGGGAAGGUUAACUUUUAUUCUACUUUUUUCUUUUGUGCUAUUGAAAAAAAGUGUGGUUCAUUUAAUAUUGAUCCAUAAUUCAAAAGCAAAGCAUAUAGAAAGACAACGCUGUAGAACUAGAUUUUAAUCUUGCUAAAUCUUAAUGUAUAUUUCCUGCACAAGGCACCAGCCUGAUCCUAAUCAAAAUGAUAUUUUUAAAUGAAUAACAAAAAAUAUGUACAUGCAAUGGGACAUCUUUAUGUAUGUCUAUUAAGACAAAUUGAUUGAACACAUUGAUGCUAAAAUGAAAUAAAUGCCUGUUAUGUUGUUGAUUUUUUUAUUAGUAUUUUUUACACGUAGUCGACUUUAUUCACAAACAACACUUGUAAAGUGUAUCAAACAGGAGUUCAGACAAAAUUACCACAAAGUAAUGAUGUAUUACAAACAUAUCAUCAUAAAAUGAGCCAAAACUAUGGAUACUUAUUUUUCAAUUAUAUAUUCAUUCAUCUCUAGGUAAUCUCUUGCUCCAGUAUUUUUCAUUUUUUUAUCAAGAUUUCCUUGAACCCUUCAGACGAAUAAUGGUCAAAAGAAGUAACACUGCUAAAGAAUUCUGCGGUUCAAUGCUCCAUCCAAAUGCUAGUUUUUGAGGGCUCUGAACUUCCAUCUGUCCUUAUCUUUGGCAUAAAAAUACAUAUUUGUAUGAAACCUUAAUAAAGAGAGCAAUUGUCCGGGGUAUAUCUUAUUUUGAAGCCACCACCAGAUGGGUUUAAGUGGUGUUAUUAACAAAUAUUUUCUUUUUAAUUUCUAUGAAAGUCCAUGGACAGUGUAUGAAUCACCAUAUUAAUCAUCAAAUUUGUUUUUUUUAUUAAUUUUAAGGAGAAAAUGCUUUUUAUGUCUCUGCUUUUGUCAGGCCGCCACAAGAUGGUUUGAGUGGCAUUUUUAACAAAUAUUUUCUUUCAUAUUUUUCAUCUGCAAUUCUGCAUGUGUAAAUCAUAGGAAUUUUUUUUGAAGGUGAAAAUGCCUUUUGAGUCUCAGAUUUGGUCAUUACUGUGAGCUGGUUUUAUUGCAUACAUGUGUCACCUAAGGUUUUAAGGGGAUAUAUUUUUUUUCUUUGUGGACGAGAAUAAUGAGAUUAUCCUUUGUAUCUAAUAUUGCACCUGACUUCAUGUGGCUUCGUUAUCAAAAAGGUUUCAAAUCCCCUCUAGGCAGUAUGGAUGUAUCAAUUUAAAAUAUAAUUUAUGAACUUUAUUCUUCUACAUUCUGUAUGAGUUUCAUGCACCGUAUGUGAAGGCAGAUGUUACAUUGUACCGACUUGAUAACUUC